AUGGAGCUCUUCAGACCUGCCCCUGAGCCCGCGACCCCUCUGGGUCGCUACCGCAUCCUCUCUUCAUCAGCAGGAGUUCGUGUCUCGCCCCUCCAGCUAGGUGCCAUGUCAAUUGGUGACGCAUGGAGCCAAUUUAUGGGCAGCAUGAACAAAGAGCAGUCCUUCGCCCUCUUGGACGCCUUCGUCGCAGCUGGUGGCAACUUCAUUGACACUGCCAACAACUACCAGAACGAGCAAUCGGAAGCCUGGAUCGGAGAAUGGAUGACAGCCCGCAAGAACCGUGACCGGAUGGUCAUCGCAACAAAGUUCACGACUGAAUACCGCAGCCACGAAGUCGGCAAAGGCAUGACCCCCAAUGCCAGCGGUAACCACAAGCGCAGCAUGAUCCUCAGCGUGCGCGACUCCCUCCGCAAACUGCAGACAGACUUUAUCGACGUCCUCUACCUGCACUGGUGGGACCACACCACCUCGAUCGAGGAAGUCAUGGACUCGCUCCACAUUCUGGUCGAGCAGGGCAAAGUCAUGUACCUCGGAAUCUCAGACUCGCCCGCGUGGGUCGUAUCUGCCGCCAACACAUAUGCUCGCGCCCACGGCAAGACCCCCUUCUCCGUGUACCAAGGACGGUGGAACGUGAUGCGCCGCGACUUUGAGCGCGAUAUCCUCCCCAUGGCCCGUUACUUUGGAAUGGCUCUGGCCCCAUGGGAUGUCCUUGGUAGCGGUCACUUCCAGACCGCGAAGCAGCUCGAAGAGCGGAAGAAGAAAGGUGAAGGGUUGCGCAGUGUAAUGGGCAGUGAACAGACCGAGGAUGAGAGAGUCAUGUCCGAGGCCUUAGCGAAGGUUGCCGCCGAGCAUGGGAUUGAGUCUGUGACGGCAAUUGCAUUGGCCUAUGUGCUAUGCAAGGCGCCUAACGUUUUCCCGCUUGUUGGUGGGCGCAAGAUUGAGCAUCUGCAUGAUAACAUCCAGGCUUUGUCGAUUCGGUUGACGGAUAAGCAGAUCGAGUUCUUGGAGUCGGCGAAGGGCUUUGAGCCUGGGUUCCCUCAUGACUUUAUUGGAACUGAUCCCAGGCAUAACGGUGGUCAUUCCGCUAUGCUCGUGUCUUCCGCUGGUCAGAUCGACUAUGUGCAGGGACCAAGUGCUAUUGGAUACGAGCCUACGAACUAG